UUCAUGUAAGGCUGAUGAGAAGAACCAGUCCUUGGGCUGCCAUCUGCCUGAGCUUCUGCACCCGGACAGGCCCUGGCUAAUGAUCUGCAGAACAAACCUCUACUAGAUGUGGAGUCGUGAAAAAUGGGAAGCUGCAAAUUAGGCUGUGAAUAAAGUCAAUUUUCUAAGGAAUCUCUUCAGAGCAUCUACAAGGGGGACAGUGGCAUUUUGGAGUAAAGCAAACUAGCUCAUACAUAUCAGACCAGCGUCACUACCACUUGACAUUUGCUUCAAGAACCAAGGAAGUUGUUCUGCCAUUUGAACUGAAACACAGCUUCCACCUGGAUUACCUGCCACUGUGGACUCCUACUACCCAAUUGACUCUGUUCUUAAUAGAUGGGUUCAGCCUUUAAGAGGUUCUGCAUGCAGUUCUGCUGCUGCUGCUGUGCUACUGCCGACGACGAUGAAGAUGAAAAGCAGCCUUUAGUACCUCAGGAUCCGUUGGAGUAUUUUAAUCGUGAAGUCCAGAAGCGUCGAGAUGAGGAGACCAACCUUUGGAGUGAGCCCGGAGACCCAAGCCACUCAGAGAGAGAUGACGACCGGGUCCUUUACAGCCUGCUGCAGGCCAGGAACAAGACCCGCAUGGGAUCCUCGGGCUACCGCCGUCUGAGUGUUGACAUAGAGGCCAUGAGAGACACCCGUCGUGAAGUCCGAGACAAAUGGCAGACAAUCCUGGAGAACUUAGGUUUCAUGGCGGAGGCAGAAUCUUUGCUGACAGUGUCUGCUGGAACCUCACAGGACCGCAUGCGUAACGCCCCAGCAGCACGUGACCUGCUUCAUACUCUCCACUCUGAGACUUCCAUCUUUAACUCCAGAGAACCACCACCAGAAAGAUAUCUAUUCAUCCUGGAUCGUCUCCUGUACCUUGACAUAGCUGAAGAUUUUUUGGCAAAGGCAAGACGUUUCUAUCCUCCGAAGGAUGAUUCUGAUGAGGAGACCCCGGGCCUUGCCAUAAACCUGCCGCUGUUGCUGGCCAGGGUAGAGGCCAUGAAUGGACAAGCCAAUGAUGAAGAAGAAGACAGUGGAAGAGAAGAUGGAAACUUGAGUGACAGAUCCUAAGAUCUCCUGGCUGCAGUAAUAAUAGAAGCAAGGCAGGGGGCAGUAGUCAUCAACCCUGGAGACCUGUAUGAUGGAAUUGCAUAGCUCUUGCCUUUAAGUGUCUGUUGCCUCAUACAGUGUUGCUGUCUUAUUGGAAGUUUUAGGCUAAACAAUAUCUUUUUUUUCUCCCCCAUCUGCACACCUUGAAUCUUAUUCUGUUUUCUCUUGUCAAAAUCUAAAAGGGUUUAGCAGAUUUUCAGGUAAAUGUUAGAGGCGUUAACUGUCUGACUCUUUUUUUUUUUUUGUCUACCAAAGAGUUUUAUGAAGUUCUGACCCUGUUCAUUGUUUAGCUGUUGUGAACCUUCAGGGUAGCGAUGUUCUUUUGAGCAGAGCCUCUUUAUAUUUUGUCCUAUGAUUAUCAGCACUUGUUUCCUUCAAUCACAUGAUUGGUAACCACACUGAAUAAAUAGCCCAGUAAUCUGAUGUCAGAUUUUUCUUAAAAGUUUCACAAGUAUGUGUGUUUGUAUGCUCGAUACUUUGUGACUCAUUAACGUCUGUAUUUGGCUUUAAACAUUUUGGAAAUACAAUGUGGUUGGUGUAUGUUGAACUUUCAAAGUGGUUGUGUAUGUGACCGAGGUGACUUUUAGGUGGUGCAUGAGGGUGUUUUUUUCCCUCCAGCAGUUUACUGAAAAUGUGAAAGAUUUCCAAACUCGCGUGGCAGUUUGUGUAUGUGUUCUGGUGUCCAGUUCAUGAUGAAAUAAAGCUCCAUCCUAAAGAUU